AAUCUGUUCCUACAGUAACUCAGGUAAUUCACAAUAACACAAACAAGGAGAGGAAAGAAUCAACGUAUGCUCAUGUCCUUUAUCAGGUCCAAAUAAGAAGCUGUGAGGAGAGUUUACAGGACUUUGCUAAAGUAAGAAGGCUCUUUUAAGAUAUGCAGAGCUGGCAGCACUGGAUAGUGCAGAUCGACAGAAAUGGACAGCGUAUUUCAGGAGACGCAGUUUUGUAAAGACGAUGAUGAUAUCGCUGAUCCCAAAACGAUCGGCCAAGGUAACACCCUGACUUUCGACUGCCUACUUCCAACAAAAAAGGCCAACCAUGAUGCCAAUGAGAUCAUCGCAGUGGAGGUAAACUCCCAGGCGAACGUACGUCAGCUGCGCCUUCACAUCUGGAUACAGGCGAAGGAGAAGAGCUGUCACCCUGAGAUUUACCACAUCACUGACCCUGAGUCCUACCAGCUGCUCUACAUGAAAGGGGAAGAAUGGUACGAGAUCUAUGAUGACUACCAGAUCCUGAAGACGCUGGACUCUGUGAGGUAUUGGGGUUUACAGGGCAUGAAUAAGGGGACAAUUAUUGUGAAGGCAAAUCCCAAAGACACAGAGGAUAGUUUAAGAUUUCAGGAAGACCUGAGUUACAUGAUUGGGCAUGACAUUAGUAUGGCGGUGGAGAACCGUCUGGAUGAGUUUAGCUUUGCCCGUAGGAAACUGGCAUCUACAAGAAGGUUGGAGAUCAGAAAUCGUGACUACUUGGCAUAUGCCACAGAACCUUGGGCUGCCUCCACCCCAAUUCCAAAAGACCUGGAAGCCAUGCUCAACUACAAGGUAGCAACCACAGUCUAUUACAAUGGAACGAGCCAUAAAUUGAAAGCAGACAUCAAGGAGCCACCAACUUCUCUCAUAAAAAGCUUGCUGAAGAUGAUGGCUGAAAAGGGCAUGCUUGUUGAACAUGCAGAAAGUGGGUUUGUUCUUAAGGUAUGUGGGAGAGAGGAAUACAUGACAGGAGAACGUCCGCUGUCAGACUUUCUGUGGAUCCGACAAUGCCUCAAAACCAAACAGGAAAUCCAGUUGUCUAUGUUACCCAUUUCGACUUUACAAGAGGAUGAAGUCCUAGUGGAAGACUGGCCACUGGUGGACAAUUAUACUGGGCUAGCCAACACCCAUGAAGAGCUGGCACUGGAGAACAAAGACAUCAACCAGAUUCUGAUGAUUUCCCUCUGGGACUGCAACCAAAGGUUCAGAGUAAAACUACUUGGUAUAGACAUCCCGGAACUACCAAGCAAAGUCCCUCCCAAUGUCUACAUAGAAGCCAGCAUUCUCCAUGGUAGGACUGUCUUGUCUUCAGUUCAGUCGAAACCCAUGCCCUUCACUGAUGAAGUUCUGUGGAAUGUGUGGUUGGAGUUUGACUUUUUACUUAAGAAUGUGCCAAGAGGAGCAAGACUGAGCUUCACAGUGAAUGGAAUAGUCAACGAAGGCAAUACAAUGCGGGAAGGCAGGUCCCAACCACAAGGAGCAAGGACUGUAGAUUAUAAAGGCAAAGCCAGGAUUUUGUAUUUUGUGAACCUCCUAUUAAUCGAUCACAGGUCACUUCUCUGCCAGGGGGAACAUAUUCUCCACAUGUGGCCAUUCCCUGAAAAGGAGGAGGAGUUGUUCACUUACGAUGCAGACAAGAUGUCCUCUAAAACCAACCCAGAUGCUGCUAACUCGAUGGCUAUAAGCAUCAUCAUGGAUAGCUAUCGCUUUCCAGUUGUCCUUCCACGUAGCAGGGCAUCCAACCCUUCUUGCAUUAAUCCAGCAUCUUCAGAUCUGUCACCAGAGGACAAUUCCCAUCCCACCCCAGGUCUAACAAAUAAGGGCCUUUUCAGGGGGUUCACAGAGGAUUGUUCCCAGUAUGGUGCCUCCUUACCCAAGUUCCUGAGUACCACUAAUUGGGGUGACCCCAUAGCCGUGCAGAACAUCCACUGGCUGGUUAGCCACUGGGACCCCCUGGACUUGGACAUUGACAUUGCUCUGGAGCUCCUCAGCAUUCACUUUGCCGAUGAGCACGUUAGGAGGAUGUCCAUUAAGAGACUGGAGAGACUGCAUAACGAUGAACUGCUGAGAUACCUACUUCAGCUGGUCCAGGCUUUGAAGGUUGAACCCUACCAUGACAGCAAUCUGGCAAGAUUCCUGAUCAGAAGGGCACUACAAAGUAAAAGGAUUGGCCACUUCUUCUUCUGGUACCUGCGGAGUGAGAUUACUGCGUCCCCGUAUUUCUGUGACCGUUUCGCUGUGAUUCUGGAGGCGUACCUCCUGGGCUGCGGCCAGUCGAUGCUGGAGGGCUUCCUGAAGCAGGUUCAGGUGGUGGAGAGCCUCCACAAAGUGGUCACUGACAUCAAGAAGAUCAUCCCAGAAAAGAGUGAUCUGCCAGCCAAUGCUGCGUUGAAACUUCAAGAAAUGCUGCUAAACAUCAGUCUCCCCAAAGAUUUCCUGAUACCAUAUGACCCGCGCAUCAGAGCGGGCGAAAUUCUGGUGGAGAAGUGCAAGGUGAUGGCUUCGAAGAAGAAGCCCCUGUGGCUGGAGUUUAGCAGCAGUGACUCGGAGGGAGCCUCCGGCUCCACUAUCGCAAUCAUCUUCAAACACGGGGACGACCUGCGGCAGGAUAUGCUGGUUCUAAAGACAAUGGCAAUAAUGGACUCAAUCUGGCAGGGAAGUUCCCUUGAUCUGAACCUCAUCCCUUAUGGCUGCAUCUCCACGGGUUACAAUAUAGGGAUGAUCGAGGUAGUGAGGGAUGCAAUGACCAUCGCGUCUGUGCAGAGGAGCAAAGGAGGGACGACAGGGGCCUUUAAAAAUGACGCGCUGUUUGAGUGGAUCAGGGAGAAGUGCCAAGUGCAGGAAAUUUACUAUCAAGCAAUGGAGAGGUUUGUCACCUCCUGCGCUGGAUACUGUGUUGCUACCUACGUCCUGGGAAUCGGGGAUCGCCAUAACGACAACAUCAUGAUAACAGAGCAAGGAAACCUGUUCCACAUUGAUUUUGGGCACAUCAUGGGGAACACCAAGCGAUUCCUGGGUGUGAACAGGGAGAGAGUCCCCUUUGUCCUCACACCAGACUUCCUCUACAUGAUGGGGAGAGUCGGCAGGAAAAGCAGCCUCUACUUCAAAAGAUUCAAGGAGAUCUGUAUCCGGGCAUACCUGGACCUGCGCUCCAACUCCAACCUGCUGAUCACGCUCUUCUCCCUCAUGAUGCUCACGGGCAUCCCCGAGCUCUCCAGCACCGACGACAUCAAGUACCUGAAGGAGGCGCUGCAGCUGGGAAAGGAUGACAACUCAGCCCAGGAACACUUCCUCAAUCAGAUCAGCAUCUGUGAGAACCAGGGCUGGACUGUGCAGGCCAACUGGUGGAUCCACAUGGUCGCCGGCAUCAAAUAAGAGUGACGGUUAGGAGACUGAGCCUGCGCGGUCUAGGCCCGCUGCUUUGCCACUCCUCUUAAUCAGCAUUACCGACUGCUGGCAUGAAAAAGCAGGAGUGAGAUUCAGCUCAGUUUGUGUGUCAGGUUGCCAUGGCGCUGGUUGCGCCCAGAUUUUUUUUAAGCAUUUUCUGUCAGAAGCAGCAAAAGCAGAAACAGACACUCCUAAUUGUACCAACUGUCAAACAAAUUGUGAUGUAAUGGCAGUUUAUUUUGAUGUUAAGACUGCAGGGCAAUCUAAGAUACAACAGUUCCCAAGCCCAGUUUGGGAAUAUGACUAUGUCAUAUGUUUAUUGUACCAAGUUAAAUGUGGAAUAAAUAGGGUGUACAAAAUAACUAGUUCUGUCCUCUACGUGUCAUUCAUGCCAUUUGGGUUCCAAUUCUUGUUUUGUUCCCAUGUUUCAUGAUAUGACUUCUAUUUUAAAAAGUUUGAGAUUACUAUUGUUCACAGCAAUAUUUCUCAGCUAAAAACAGAGAAAGAACUGCUUUUUGCAUCAUCAGUGUGAGACUAAAGGUAAGAGAGUGAGACUUGUUAAAGUUAGUCUACGUGUAUUUAUGAUGGUUUUUCAUGAAGUAGAAUAGCAGAUCUUUGUUCUUAAUUCAUGAUCUCUGGUGGGAAAGUAUAACGUUUGUAACUUUGGGGUGUUGAAUGAAAUAUCAAUUCAAGCUGGACAAGCCAUCCAGUUAUUUUGAUUGAGCUCUCCAUAGCGACCAGGUGCUGUCACUGAGGAGAGGGUCAUUGGUAUUGAUUGGGGCCCAUUUACCAAGUGAAUUCAUUCUCUUGCCUGCUGUUUCUCUUAGCCUCUUCCUGGAGCACAAUGAACACAUUGAAGCAGCUGUCUGUUCAAUUGCUUAACUUGGAAUCAACACCAACAGCCAUAGCCUGUGUAUAGCUCAGGGUAUUUUUUUGCAGCUCUAAUAUCAAUGUCAUAUCCCAGAUAAAACAAUAACUAUGACUAACUAACAAGUUGCUAUGUAUAUCAACAGUAUAUACAGAAUAGUAUAGAAUGAGAAAUGGCAAUGAACAGUAAUGACCAUUUGUACUUAAGAACCUUGAUGUCAUUAGGCAUGCAAAUAAGGUGUUAUUAUCACGGUAACGUAUAUAAAAAUGUGCAGAAUGUGAAAUAACUUUUGUUCAAGAUUAAUGUAAUCGGUAUAAGAUGCAGAUGGAUGAAUACACAAACAGAGAGACACCCCCCCCUAAAAUGUAAUACUUCCAAUUCUACUAAAUAAUGUGAAUACUAAGUUCCAUUAUAAAUGAAUAAGUGGUUUUCCAGCAAUAUGUGAAAAUAUAAGUGUGACAUACGAAUGAACAAACGUACAGACAGAUACAAAUAUCCCUGGAUCUAAUAUUAAAAAACAAUAAUAGAAGCUACAGUACAAGCUCUCUGUGCUCAAUACAGGCCAUGUUUUUCUUGCUAUAUGCAUUGUCCACAUAUUUGUCACUUUGGCUUUCAUUUACCCCCCUCCCUGGUGCAGAGUGGAACAGUCCUCCUACCGGCACUGUCUGAGUGCUGCCAACUGUCCAGGCUGUUCACUGGGUCCAUCUGGAACCCCUUUCAAAUUCAGUGCAAAUUAACAGUAUUUCUAUUGUUGAUUUUCAUUCCUAUGGCAGCAUUUCCAACCACCAAAAUCUGUCCAUGCAUCGAACAUGUAUUUAAUUAAACUACAAUUUCCAGUCAUUAUGAGUAAAACACAAUCAUUUAUUAUGCUAGCAAUGUCGUUUGGGUUUGUUUUGGUGUAGUGGUUUUUAACCCUAAGUACCAACUAAUGGACCAGGCUUUAGUUUCGACUCGGGACUAAAUAUUUUCUUUUCAAUCUGCACUGGUUGCCAGUGCCCAUAAGACAGCACUUGCAGACCACCUCUUUGAAGGGCAAACACUAUGCCACUACAGUGAUUGCCAGAUGCAAUACAAAUUUCAAAAAGGAAAAAAAUAAAAACCUGCACUGUUGGGGUGUUUCAACAGAAACAACUGAGACCAGCUCAUACAAACAUCAUAGCAGUGGCAAUGGAGUGAAGCGACAACAUAGGGGGCCAGUAUUCGACUGAUUUGACAUGAAGUUGUUUAAACUGUUCUGGAAGAAUAUGUGAUCAUUCUAAUUCUUUUAAUGCAGUUGGUGGUUAAAACCUGCAGAUGACUG